AUGGGAGAACUAACGAGCUCAUCCAGCAUACCUGCAGCCACUACCCACCAUACCAGCCCGGCUGCGGAGAAAGUUGAGGGAGAUGCCCAGCUCGGGACGGUGGAAGCCAGCCGGCAAUCUAUAGACCCCAAUAUCGUUGACUGGGAUGGGCCUGACGAUCCGGAGAACCCGCUCAACUGGUCAUCAACAAGGAGGAUACUGAUUAUCAUAUUUGUGAGCUCUUAUACAUUUACCUCAAAUCUAGCCGCAACGAUAUUUGCCCCCGGGGUAAAGCAGAUGGCAUAUGAGUUCCACAUCACCAAUACUAUCGUUGAAUACAUGAUAAUAAGCAUUUACGUGCUUGGAUUUGCUCUAGGCCCGAUUAUAUUUGGGCCCCUCUCCGAAUUAUAUGGCCGCCUUGUCAUUUACUACACAUGUAUCCUGGUAUUUCUGGCCUUUACCGCAGGGUGCGCAUUUAGUACCAAUGUGGAGAUGUUCCUUGCCUUUCGAUUCAUAUGCGGCUGCGCUGCCUCUGGUCCUAUGAGUAUCGGAGGUGGUACAUUAGCUGAUAUCAUCCCUCAGGAGGAACGAGGAAGGGCCAUAAGCAUAUUCACUUUGGGGCCCAUGCUAGGUCCUAUCCUUGGCCCUGCUAUCGGCGGUUUUGUAUCCCAGUAUGCCACCUGGCGCUGGACCUUGAGGGUUAUUUUGAUAUUGGCUGGGAUUAUUAGCAUCGGUACUUUCUUGUUUCUAAAGGAGACGUACGCACCAACCAUAUUGCAGAACAAGGAAAAACGUCUGAGGAAAAAGACAGGAAACCCAAAAUUCAGACCGAAAGUGGUCAAGAACGGGGCUCCUCAUCAAAUGAUCUUGCAGGCAAUCAUCCGUCCGAUGAAGUUGCUCAUUUUCUCACCUAUAGUUUUACUCCUUGCUCUAUAUGCAGGCCUAGUAUAUGGCUUCUUUUUCCUGCUUUUCGCUACUUUCCCGUUAGUGUUCCAGAAUACUUACGGAUUUAGCAGCGGGACGUCUGGCCUUGCAUACCUCGGUCUAGGUGUUGGGAUGAUGAUAGGCUUACUUGUAUUUUCCGUCGUGAGUGAUAGGGUGCUAGUUAAGAAACCAGGCGAAUCCAUGGCGAAACCAGAACAGCGUUUGAUUCCCAUGAAAUGGUUCGGCCUUGCAACCCCAAUUGGCUGUUUCAUAUAUGGUUGGGCUGCGCACUACCACACACACUGGACGAUACCGAUAUUAGGGACAGUCAUCAUGGGGUUUUCAUCACUGUUUAUAAUGACCCCAGCCCAGAUUUACUGUGUUGAUGCAUUCGGACCGCAGGCCGCUGCCUCCGCACUUGCUGCCAAUCUACUCAUCCGCUCGCCAUUCGGUGCUUUUCUCGACCUUGCUGCUGGCCCAUUAUAUGGAAAACUGGGACUGGGUUGGGGGAAUAGUGUGUUAGGAUUCAUUAUCCUGGCGUUCACGCCGGUACCGUGGUUAUUUUAUCGAUACGGGGAAUAUUUGCGAACUCGAUUUGCAGUCGAGUUAUAG